CAGACCCCAGACCAAGCUCCUGUUCAGGGCACACUGAGCAGAGCGGCGGGUGGAGGCCUGGAGCGCCGGCUCCGCCUUCGAGACCCGGGUCCAGGAAACCCCUGGGGCGGACGGGUGGCCCCGGGGGCCCGGGGGCGGGGAGGCGGGAGGCGGGCGCCGCCCCGGCUGACAAAAGUCCCUUCAGUUCAGUCGGCGGCAGGGGAAGUCCCGCAGCCCGGCGAGACUGCCUUCCCGUGCCGAGCUCGCCGCGCGCCCCGGCGUCUCCGGGCCGCCCGAUGCCCCGAUGCCCCGCGGGGGCCAUGGACGAGGGGCCCGUGGACCUGCGCACCCGGCCCAAGGGCGCCCCGGGCGCCGCGCUGCCACUCCGCAAGCGCCCUCUGCGCCCCGCAGCCCCGGAGCCAGCAGCUCCGCGCGCCCCCGCGGGACCCCUGGACGCCCUGCACAGCAGCAGCUGCGACGUCCCGGCUGUCCCUGGGCCCCCCCACGGCGUGGCCAGGCCGGAGGCGCUUUACUACCAGGGACCUUUGAUGCCCAUUUACUCUACCCCGACUGUGGGCCCCCCCUUUCCGCUACUGAACCUGCCUACGCACCUCUACUCCAUGGUGUGCCCCAUGGAGCACCCCCUUUCAGCUGACAUUGCCAUGGCUACCCGUGCAGAUGAAGAUGGAGACACGGCUCUCCACAUCGCCGUGGUUCAGAAUAACAUGGAAAUCUUCUACCGGAUACUCACCCUUUUCUACCUUGGGCGCCAGGAAGUAGAUGUUCACAACAACCUGCGGCAGACCCCGCUCCACCUCGCCGUGAUCAUCGAUAUACCAGAUAUGGUCCGGCUCCUGGUGAUAGCUGGUGCUAGCCCCAUGGCCCUGGAUCGCCAUGGCCAGACUGCAGCCCACCUGGCGUGCGAGCACCGCAAGCCCAAGUGCCUGCAGGCUCUGCUGGACAGCGCAGCCUCGGGUUCCGUGGACCUGGAGGCUCGCAAUUAUGAAGGGCUCACCGCCCUGCACGUGGCCGUGAACACCGGGUGCCAGGAGACGGUACGGCUGCUCCUGGAGCGUGGCGCGGACAUCGACGCAGUGGAUAUCAAGAGCGGCCGCUCCCCACUCAUCCACGCGGUGGAAAACAACAACCUGAGCAUGGUGCAGCUGCUGCUGCUGCACGGCGCCAACGUGAACGCUCAGAUGUACUCGGGCAGCUCAGCUCUCCAUUCCGCGUCUGGCCGCGGGCUCCUGCCUCUGGUGCGCUUGCUGGUUCGUAGCGGGGCUGACAGCGGCCUCAAAAACUGUAACAAUGACACGCCCCUCAUGGUGGCGCGCAGCCGCAGGGUCAUUGAUAUCCUAAGGGGAAAGGCCUCUCGGGCUGCCUCAGGGUCACAGCCUGAGCCAUCCCCAGACCAAAGUGCCACCACCUCCCCCGAGAGCACCAGUCAUCUCAACUCCAACGGCCUCCAGUCCACUCCAAACUCCUCACCCUCGCUGUCUCCCCCAAAGGAUCCUCCUGGCUUCCCCGUGACCCCCCCAAACUUCUUCCUCCCAGCUGCAUCCCCACCAGCCUUCCUGUCCUUCCCAGGGGUCCUCCGGGGCCCUGGCCUGCCCGUGACUCCCUCCCCAGCUCCGGGGAGCAGCUGAGACGGAUGGGGGGGCAGACCCGGACUCAUGAGGAGAGGCCUCCCUGCCCUGUGGGGACCACUCUUCUGGAAACUGUGAGAACCCUGUUCUGCUUCCCCCUCAC